ACACUCCACAAUCUCCUCUGCACUAUCCAUUAGUCCAGGGAAUCAGAGGCCGAAAUGAGGUUUUUGCCUGUUGUGCUCCUCUGCUCCUACUGUCUCCUAGGUUCUGCGAACCAGGCUAGUACUGAAGAAGCAGACUGUGAUGACCCGAAUGUCUUUCUAGCAGCGGAUGAGGUGCUGCAGUUCAUCAAUGAAAAUAAAGCAUCUGGGAACCAGUUUGUCCUGUACAGAAUCACAGAGGCCAACAAAAAGGAGGAAGGUGGCAAGAUACACAUUUUCAUCAAAUUCAAGAUACAGGAAAGUGUGUGUCAAGUGAAUAAUGGUAUAAAUUGGAAAAUAUGUGCCUUCAAAGAUAAUGGAGCGGACUAUCGUGAAUGCUCAGCACAUGUUGUAGUCCACACGGAACUAAAACGCGGGGGUAUCGUUAACCACCAUUGUUCUGAUGCAAUAGGGGAGAAGCCAAAACUACCAGAAGAACGAGUUAUAGAGCCGAUUGUUCCGGCUGUCAGUCGCCCUUGCUUGGGAUGCUAUCAUGACAUAGACACAAACAGUGAGUUGUUGGUACCAAUAAUGAAGUCGGCAAUCGAAAAAAUUAACAGAAUAGGAAACCACCAAUUCCACUUUGACCUUGAAAAUUUUACAACGGCCAAACAACAGGUUGUUAGUGGGUGGAACUACAUACUGGAGUACGAAAUCAGACAAACUAAUUGUUCGAAAAGUUUAGUUCCUAAUUGGACUCCAGAAGAAUGCUCAAUUGACAAAAAUGGGCAAGGAGGUCAAUGUACUACCAAUGUGUUUGUGACACCAAAUGAAGAAAUCAGGGAUAUACAGUUAAAUUGUCACUCAAGCACAGGAUUUUGUCUCAGUUGCCCUGAUGAAGUAGAAAGGAAUGAUCCUGCACUGCUGAAUUUGAUGGAAAAAUUCAUUGAGGAAUAUAAUUCCCACAGUAACCACACAGAGCUUUAUAAAGUUCAGAGUGUUGAGACUGCGUCAAGGAAAUUGGUUCAAAAUGAAAAACAAUACAAAGCGACGUUCACAAUUCAAGAGACCAAUUGUUCAAAAUCAGACUAUAGCGACCUGGGAGAAGAGUGUGUCAUUGAACCAGCGAGUCAAAACCUGUCUUGUAAUGCAAACAUCAAUGUUGGAAAUGAAACAGUGAACAUUUUGCCAGACUACACAUGUGAUACUGCUGCAUCUCUACGUACACGUAUAGUUAUCAAAGGUUUAUCACCUCUCCGCUCAGCGAUGCCAAUUCUUGCUAGAUCACAAAGAAGGAUAUCUCGCUCAUCUAAGAAAUCAAAUCAUGAAAAAAAAGAAAAGAAAAACAAAAAGGGUAAAAAACAUAAUGGCAAAGAUUAUCAGUCUUCUGAGGAAUCUGCAGAAGACAGAAAAAAGCCACAAGUCCUUCCUAGACCUACACAGCAAGCAAUUCCUCAAGUCCCAGAGAUAGACAUUAGUGUGCUUGUAGCAACAACCCAACAAGUCAACCCAACAGACGUACAUGUGGCUCCUUGUCAAAUGGCAGAGCCUAUUAUACCAUACAUACCCCCCUAUUCACACAUACCAUAUAUAGUUGAACCUCCAGAACGAAAAACUAAUUAUGAGAUAAUUACAGUCGAUAUCCCAAAGUGUCCAGGAAAGCUAUGGCAACCAUUAUUGCCUACUGUACAAAUUCCUACUGAUAAACCAUUUAUUAUUGACGGUCUCUCAUUUGACGAUUCAGAUCUGCUACCAUAAAGUGAACAAAAAUUUCCCAGUUCAGACACAGCUGAUAUGACCAGUCGAUAAUGACCAGGAUUUCUAGUGUUAAAAGAGUUUUAAAAAUAAAAAAUAAAAUAAAAUUAUUUCUGUAUAUAAGGCUGGUUCAAAACUAACACCCCUGAUAGGCUGUAAUAAAAGUUAAUCAAUA